AUGGCUGGCGCGAGCACACUUCUCGACGCGAAGGCAGUUACUAAGCAAUCAGAGGCUGACUCCGAAGGUGUAGACGGGGCAGACCGGCAGAGUUAUAUGCGGCCGCGCCGACACGUCGCGCGUCGUGCAACGGUCCUAUGCGUUAUUUCGCGCGACCUUGAUCCCCACGCAUCACCCGCUUAUCCGCGCGUGUUAUGUAAGGCCACUGCCACACGUUGCAGUUUCAGGACUCCGUUACAUCAUCUUUAUGGACGGUAA